AUGGAGAGGCAGAGGCUGGGAUGGGAGGCUGCAGCAGGAUGGAUGCUGGGUCCCUGCUUUUCCUUGCUGCUGGGUGCUCCCGUGGUCAGUGCACUCCAGGGACCAUCGCUGCUGCUGCCCCUCGAGGACAGUGGCCCAGAGAAUGCCAGCUGGGGGUCCCAGGAAGCCCAGGAUAAUGAAUCCUCUGUGCACACAGUCUUCUUCUCCCUGGAUUAUCAUCAUGUGCAGGUCCCCUUUGAAAUAACGCUCUGGAUCAUGCUAGCUUCUCUGGCCAAAAUAGCUUUUCAUCUGUUUAACAAGCUGCCGUCAGUUGUGCCGGAAAGCUGCUUAUUGAUAUUUGUGGGGCUCAUCAUGGGAGGAAUCAUCUAUGGCUUAAAUGACAAGUCCCCACCAGUCAUGGACAGUGAUAUCUUUUUCCUCUAUUUACUGCCACCUAUAGUCCUUGACGCAGGGUACUUCAUGCCCAGUCGUCCCUUUUUUGAGAACAUUGGGACUAUUCUUCUUUAUGCUGUAGUGGGAACUAUAUGGAAUGUGUUUGGGAUUGGCUUCUCACUGUAUGGGAUAUGCCAAGUGAAAUCCUUUCACCUGCAGGAUAUAUCGUUGCUCCAUAAUCUCUGGUUUAGCAGUCUGAUUGCUGCGGUGGAUCCUGUAGCAGUGUUAUCUGUGUUUGAAGAGAUACAUGUCAAUGAAAAGCUUCACAUUUUGGUUUUUGGAGAAUCGCUCCUAAAUGAUGCUGUUACAGUGGUGCUGUACAAGCUGUUUAGAUCCUUUUGCGAAAUGUCAACAAUCAAAACUGUGGAUGUGUUUGCAGGAAUUGGGAAAUUUUUUGUGGUUGGAAUAGGAGGGGUCUUGGUAGGCCUUUUAUUCGGGAUGAUUGCUGCCUUUACCACACGAUUUACCAAGAAUAUCCGUGUAAUUGAACCCCUCUUUGUCUUCCUGUACAGUUACCUAUCCUAUCUCACUGCAGAAAUGUUUCACCUCUCUGGUAUUGUGGCUAUUAUUGCUUGUGCCAUGGGCAUGAAACGUUAUGUGGAGGCGAAUAUCUCUCUAAAGUCUCACACUACAAUCAAAUACUUUAUGAAGAUGUGGAGUAGUGUUAGUGAUACCCUUAUCUUCAUCUUCCUUGGGGUCUCUACCAUUGGAGACAACCACGAGUGGAGUUGGUCUUAUAUUUGCUUUACCGUCAUUUUCUGUCUUAUUUGGAGAGCACUAGGGGUUCUUGUAUUGACUUUCUUCGUGAACAGAUUACAUGUGAACACUGUUACCAGCAAGGAUCAGUUUAUUAUAGCAUAUGGGGGUCUUAGAGGCGCCAUCUGUUUCUCUCUGGUUUUCUUGCUCCCUGACUUCCCUAGAAAGAAGCUCUUCAUUGCAGCCACAACUGUACUUAUUCUCUUCACUGUGUUUGUACAGGGAAUGACCAUCCGUCCUCUCGUUGACUUAUUAGAUGUGAAGAGGAAAAGAGAAAGUGCGCCCACGGUAGGGGAACAGAUUCACAUCCGGUUCUUGGAUCAUUUGCUGGCUGGCAUAGAAGAUAUAUCUGGACACUGGGGACAGUAUUACUGGAAAGACAAACUGGAAUAUUUCAACAGCAAGUAUCUUCAGAAGUUCUUACUCCGAGAGUAUGACCAGCCAAAAUCAAGUAUUGUGCUGCUCUACGAAAAGCUAGAGAGGAAACAUGCCAUUGAGUUAGUAGAAGCAGGACAGUUAAUUCAUGAGCCGUCCCAUACAUCUUUGCUUGACAGCCACAGGUCUGCCGUAAUGGUCAAAGAAUCGGACUCUUUGAAUCCAGAUGUGCUGGAAAAUAUACAGAAAAUAUUGGCAAGGAACCUAUACAAAAUAAGGAGAACAGUGCCAGCAUAUAACAGGCAUACGCUUCCUGGAGAGAGUGGGACAGAAGAGGAGGCAAAGGAGAUCCUGAUUCUCAGACACAGGAGCCUUCGAAUCCAUAUGAACAGAAGUGACUCUGAUCACUCUAGAAAGGAGAAGGAUGACUCCUAUUCUGCACAUCAUGGAUCUGACACAAAGCCUAAACUGCACCGGUCCUUAACUGUAGGGGAUGCAGAAAAAGUACCAGGUACGAAAUGCAACCGAUCAAAGUCUAUGACCUUCAGCUCACCUCUACAGCCUGGCAGCACUGAAUUGGUUAAUGAAGAAGAAACAGGAAAAGGGUCACAUGCAGAAAUAGAAAUAUACACAAAGGAGAGAUAGAGAGUGAAAGAAGUUUGCUGGACUGAGGUUCUCUUGCCAACAGCCACUGCACGUCUGCUGAGAACAGGCUCAAAAACCUGCUCAAGGAGAAAUGAGAACUAACCCAAGUGUUUGUCCAUGCCAUGAAGCAAACCUGGAGUAUUCCCCUGAGAGAAGUCUCCCUCCUCUACCUUUUUGGUUAUGGUAACUGCAUGUUAACAGUCUCGGGGUUCCCAGCAAUGAUUCAUAGCACCUGGGAAGCUCCAAAUCCUGCAUCAGUAACAGGAGAAUACCAGCACACAAUCACUUACAUAGACAGAGCUAGGCUAGCACUGUUUCUGCUGGAGGAAAGGUGGCAAAGCCUCUCUCAGAAGAUUUCCGCUCCUGCUGCUGCUAUUGGGGCCUAGAGGCAAAGAAAGCCUGAGUGAGGAGGCUCUUCUCAAAAGAUUUUUGGAAGAGAGAAGUCCUCAGAGGCACUGCUAAAAAGUGCUUCUGUCAGGGAAGGGGGAUAUCCUCCUCAUAGCACAGGCAGAGGAAAAGGGAGAGUUUAAGGGGCAGGGUGUGAAGAUAGAGAAGUGGGAAACCUCGAUACUUUGGGCAAUGCUUAGAAACUCCAGAUAUGCAUCCAAACCUUGGCGUUUUGCUUUGCCAAAUCAAAACAAAUCUCCAAAUAUGUUAGGUUCACCCAUCACUAACAUCAAUCCUUUUCCUUCUCUGCCUAUUAAUCUGCAUAAUAGAAGGUAUGGGGAGUUUAACAGAACACAAAUAAAUAAAUAGAUCCUUUAUGAAAAAAAUAUAAAGAAUGUACCAAAGACCUCAGUCCUCUUUUACAUGGCAUAAUUGGACUUCCACAGUCUUUAUCCUCCACGUACAGUAAUAUUCCACUGGGAAACACUGUACCACCAAACCAGAUGCAUAAUUCAUUUUUUAGUUAAUCACACCUUACUGAUUAUAAUUAUUUUUCAAAGAUUUGGGGCCUGUUUCUCAUUACACUAAGGCCCUUUCACAGUGAUCUGGCAGUGAAAAAGACUUGAAAGCAGACAUAAAUAGACUUAAUUUACUUCCUUUUCAAGGCCCCUUUUUUUUACACUGCCUGAUUUGUAUAAAAUGGCCUUAAUGCAAAUAAAAAUCUGAUACUUUAGCUUUAAUUUAAUCAGGAUCUGCUCUAUAUUUUAUUUUAUAUAUAUGGUGUGUGUAUAUAUAGCUGCAGUAUGCAGUUAUAGGA